AUGGCUGUUGUGGCAGGCAUCUUGAGCAGACGGUCGGAAACUCUUCUCCAAGAUAUGUAUAAGGACAUUAAGAAAAGCAUAUAUCUCGUGCAGAUUCCGGUGACUGGCAGUGCUACUUAUAAGCAUCUCCCCUUCAUGGCAUACUUUUCAUCCAAUAAGCUAUUUCUCAGAGCAGUCACUCCAACUUUAGGUCUUCAGGAAGAUGUGUCAAGCGAUGCUCGUGCAUCUCACACGCCUUCUCCUUCUUCCUCUCUCGUGUUUACACCUCUGUCCGACAGGGACUUUCUCAUUGAGCUUCACAAUGAUCAGUACUCUCUCGGGAGUAUAGAGAUAGUAGAACUUCUAGGCCUAAACUCAUCAGUCAUUAUUUCUGAGACCAUGUAUAUUCUGGGGACAGAUGGCGUCGAUCUGUGGUUCUUCAAGGUGCCACUUAACCAAUUCUCGGUUGAGGUGAAUGUGUCAGACACUAAAAGCGGAAGCAAGAUCCCUACUGUCUCCACACAGAUGUCUCCUCCAGCAAGGCACCCCAAGAGCGUAACAGUGGAAGGCGUUACGUUUUUGAUGGAUCAGCAUGAUAUUCUUUCCAAACUAUCGCGCCACAAGCUAGACUUUCAGGACUUUUCGCGCAUCCACUGCUUGCAAGCAGGCUACAUGGUCGGGUAUAGCAGGAGGACAAAGAGCGGCGUAAUAAUUGCGCCAAACCUUAAACCGCACAGUGAGACUCAGCACGUGCUCGUGCACUAUAAAAUUAUAAGAGAGCCAGAUAUGAUUUUAGUCGAUCAGCGGAGCAUGAAGAUGGCCAGUGAUCAGUCGCUGAUAAAUGUUAAGCAGAACUCUUUCAUACUAUUUGUUCACAAACGGCUGGCAGCAGUCGAGCUCUUUACUCUCUGUUACAAAGACAAGGUACUACGAUUACGGGUUCACGCAGAAGAAUCAGGAAACUAUAUAGAAAAUGAGUUCUCUUAUCUGUACUCUGUGUAUCCUAUUGGUCUUCUGCUGGAGCAGGACCCGUCCUUUAGGAUUGGCGAGCGAAACUUGAUCGCUUCUGCCUUGGCAAGGAGUAUUCUAGAUGAGGAGAUGUCCAGCAAGAACCAGAAACAGUAUCACUUCUGUGUAAUUUAUGGAAUGAACUUCCUCUCCAUGUGCUCCACGGGAGCUUCUGCUCGAAGUGCAAGCGCCAACGCUACCAACAGCACUUUCAGCACUACUAGCACUACUAGCACCAACAGUACGAUGAUCUCCUCUCUGAAUUUUACCAUUCUUGAAGAAACAACUGCUCCGCCCCACGUCCGAGGGAAGACACCCACUUCUACAGCGCAACCCCCACGCCCGGAAAAAACUUAUCCUUCAGAUAAGCGCAAGGCAGCACCCCCUGGGAGUCAAUCUUCAGAUUGCGUUAGGUCCAACAGCACAUCCGGGUCAGCUACGUCUCCAGGGUCAUUCACGUCCGCAGUCAUUUCAGGGCUCCGCGACGAUAUGGUCAAGACAGACCAUCGAGUUUACAGGCAGAAUAAUGUAUUUCUCUACAAUGGAAAGAAGCUUGUUGGCGCAUAUAACGCACCAUUCAUCCCUAAUGUGCUUGCCAUGAGCAUGUCGUCAGAUUACUUAUUCAUUGGGUCCACUGAGUCAGCUGAAGUUCACAUCUGUGAGCUUGUUCAUAGCAAGACAUUCAAUAAAAUGGCGUUGAAGCUCCGUCAUAAGAUUGUCACCCCCACCCGCGUGGCCGUUGCUGCAAUUGCAAUUACCUCUCUCUGGGUCAUUGUAACCACAGUAGAAGACACCGUCUUUACAUUUUCUUACAAGGACCUUGUCUCGUCCGAUUCAACCAACAUAGUUAUUGCUGGACUAGACAAGCUAUCUGAAAACGACGCUGCCGUGCCUCUGAGUCUUAAGAUGCAGUUCCGACCUGUGGACCUAUUUUGCAAGCAUCAUUACGGAUCCUUUUGCAUGCCAAACCUACCAGCUAAAGACCCAUCCAAUGUGGUUGCAACGCUUACUUCUAACAUAGAAAACAUAGACUCUCGGGUGGAGGAUGCUCCUACCGCUGUAGGCACCCUUGUGGGCAUCUCCGAUGUUAUGUCAUCUGAACUCCCUGUUGUCGAUCUUAGUACAGUAUCACUAAAGAUGAUCAACCACGUAGAUCAAGGACAGGAUCAGAGCAGUGUUGAACAACUGGAACUAGAGGCAAACAAAUUAGCGCCCGAUCUGGCUGGUACUGUUGCUGUCACAGAGAGUCAUCUUGACAACAUGCUCAAGGCGGAGCUGGAGAGCUUACGCACCGAAAUUGCACCAAAGGAUGGUGCGAGCUCGCUAGAUAUAGGCUCUGUAGGUACUACACCAUUUGAUCAUCCGCCUGACCCCUCACUCCAAGUCCGCGAGCCCUAUCCAGACACAUGUACUGCGGAAGCACUUAGUAAUACAACACAUAGGAUAGCGCUGGAUUUGGGCUCAGACUACAAUAAUAACCAAUAUUAUCUUGCCAGUUCUAUUAUAAAUGCUACUGACGGUACCAAGCAAUCUACCCCAUUUCUACUCGAUAAUUCAGAUAUUUCGCCACUUGAGAUUAAGAAUUUAAAGAUUAAUGGCUUCGUUUCUAAAGAGCCAACAGAUAUUGAGUGCAAAGUCCUGGAUAAAAUCAUCAACAACCACAUUCGGUCUUCUGGACGGCCCAGAGAGUUCUACCUUGAAGUUGAGCUGCACAUUCUCGAACGGCUUUUUAAGUACUGCAUCAAUUUCUACGCCGCUUUUCUAAUACUCGAGCUCUGGUGUUACUACAUUACCUCACGAGAUGGUCAUCUGCCAGGGUACUAUCUCACGUCUCAUCCUCUCAAGCAUAGCGAACAUCAAGCAGAACCAGUGUCUUCUAUUCUCUACACAUUUGAGGUUGAUGUUGCCAACAACCACUCCACGAUAUGCAAGAUGUUGGAGGUGUGUAUUCUGCCAAGUCCUGACAAGGCCUUUAUAGAUGAGCUACUGAAGAGCGCGGCUCCUUCUGGGGAGCUCUAUGGAACCAUGCCAGAAAACGUCGACGAUGAAGAGUCAAAUGGACGGCGUUGUGAGAUGAAUAGCGAGGAGUUUAAAUUCUACCAGAUUGGCCUGAUUGCCAGGCUACUAUUAUCAUUGUAUCAAGAAUUUCAAAAGCAGGUAGCCACUGACAUAGUAGACAAAAGUUUUAAUAGCAAGUUCGACCUGAAGCUUCUACGAGAAGUAAUAGAUGAGGCAAGCCAGUUCACAGUUGGAUUUAGACCGUCUCAACGUCUAACAGAACUGCAGGAUAUGCUAGAAGAGCAGCUUUCUAAGGUUCUGGUCUGGACCAGCUCCAUACAAUCAUACUUUCUUCGCACAUCAGUGUUUUCCAAGGGUGAAAGCUUUGAGAGGCAUGCAGAGGUAGCCGAUCUUUCCAACAUCUUACGGGACCUUGUUCCUUCCAAGUAUUUAGACUGGGAUCUGCUGAGCAAGAUAUACUUUCUUGAUUCACGGGUCAAGACUCUUCUAAGUAAUAUGCACGACAUAGCAAACAUGCAAUCGGAAGCCAUACAAAACCUGAUGUUGCAGCUCAAUGAUACGCAACACCAGCACGAACUAGCUUCGCGCUCUCACAGCUCCGUUUUCAGCUCACUAGCAACUAGCCGCUUUAUGGGACACUCUAUGGUGGCAGGAAGCAGGGCCAUCCUGAGCUCUCAGCUGAUGGCAAGCCAACAGAACAACACUGUCUAUCUUCCAACUGGUGCCACUCUGCAAACAGCAAUAGAUCAUCCACUUACGCUCAGCGAUGUGAACCACAGCAUCAAUACAGCCAUAGACAGACCCUUGACUGCAUCUGGGGGAAGGAAGAUUGCAGUGGAUAGAAGAGAACUGAAACGGCUACCAGAGGAGUUUGUCAACGAACUGGAUACAUUUGAAGAUAUCACAUCGAAGAUACCUAUUCUGGAGCCUCACUCCUUUGUCGGAACCACUCUUGUCAGCCCAGAAAAAUUCUCUGGGGCUAGGUCGGAGAGAGAGAAGAUUAUGCACUUGAAGUCGCCUGUUAUGCCAGCAGGGCGAUCGAUUACUGACUCCUUGAUCAUGUCCUUAAAAGGGACGCAGCCAUUCUCUCGUCGUUCAACCAAGUCAGUGCCAGUCUUCUCACAGCCGAAGGACGGCGUUCUGCUCCUGUCCAAUCUUACGCGCUCAGGAAGCGCUCUGGGGCCUAUACAUAAUUACAAUCAGGAAGAUAACGUGGAUGGUUCCGGCAACGAAUUUGUGGCAGCUGCACCUGCAAUGGUUUUAACGGCUAACCUGUCUGCAGAUUCUAUCAAUGAUUCAUGCAUCAAUCCCCCGGUCAGCAUUGAAGAGCGUCUGCGCAAGCUUCUUUUUGAUAGAAAGGUAGACCUGAGCCACAUGACAUAUAGGUCUGGAGGAACCUCGGAGAGUGACGGUGAGCCACCACUUCAAAAGCCAGCUCAGCAAGAUCCUAGCAUACGGACUAGAUCUCUAGUGUCUCUUGGUGGGCGCUCCACACGCAGCUCAGGCUCAUUUGGCUCGGAGUCCUCUAUCUCUCUGGAGGACAUGCUUACAUACUCCCUUGUUGAGAAGAUGAAUGCUCAGGAGAAGAUGAAGCUCAUGGCCACUAUCGCCCACAACUCUGGGACCACCAUAGAAGAUAUCAAUGAGCUCAUCCUGCAGACAAUGAAUGAAAUAGACAUCUACUACGCGUCCAAUCGCUUCUUGGAAGACAUAAGGAAUGCAGCGAACGCAAUAGUCCCCAACUCGGACCUUGCAACCCUUAUCCUUUUGGGAGCAAACCCAGAGCAAUUAACCGCAGAGGAUGCUGUCCACGGAACACUUCAGGACUUAGCAAAGUUUCGAUCGGUCGAGAUGGCAAGGCUUGAGGCCGGAAAGGCGAGUGCAGAAUCGUCGGAGCAAAGAAAGGAGAGAGGUGGGAUGUUCACCCGCAUGAUAUCAGUGAUAAGGGGUGCCUUUGGACGGAGAAGUCGGGCAAUUCUCUCUGUAGAAUCCCAAGGAAAGUCACUCAUUCUGUCCUCUACGCGCCCCCAGGCCAUCCCCACCACGACCUCCGAAAAGACAGACCGGGUCGCUCACACUCUUGGAAUUUCUAGCCUGCGACAGUAG